ACUAUCGUUACAUCACCUAUCAAAGAUGGCUGCGCCCAUAUUCGUUGCUUCGUUACUCUAUAUAGGGCCUUGCUUCGUUACAGAGUCGAGUUUGAUGGAGGUUUUACAGCCGCUUGUUCUGUAUUAUUUUGCUCGAUUGUGUUAAAUGAAGGCAUCUAAGAUUUUGUGACAUUGUAUAUUAAUAGGAGAAAAAUGUUGUCGGCGCUACGUUUUUACAAGACAAAUCCCCUGAGGAGGAUAAGUACUUAUGUGCUCUUUCCUGAGAUUCCUGAGGACACACCAGAGACAAACUGCCUUCUGAGAACCGGUCAGCCGCCAAAGUACUCGGAACUCACGCCUCUCAAGUGUCACGAUGCUGUCCUCAAGCUGGCCUACCAGUUUGAGUACGAUAUGGCCUGCUACGGGGAUGAUCUUGAAGACACGGGCCGGCUGCUGGCGCGCGCCGAGCCGCUCACCUGCGAUGAGGUGGUGGGGCCGAUCGAGCGGCGCGAGGUGCCCUUCAGCUACGUGUGGUCCACCGUCAAGAACCUGUACACGGUGGACCGGCAGCUGGUGCCGGCGCGCCUCUUCCAGCAGAUCCACGCCGCCGCCGCCAAGGCGCACGUCAGCAAGUACAACAACCCGUCCAUCUACGCCGCCUGCCAGGAGCUGCUCUCGGACCGACACCUGCUCUCAGAGGAGCAGACGCGCGUCGUCGAAAAGUACGCCCGCGACGGCCGGCUGAACGGCCUGGAGCUGCGCGGCGCCGACCUGCGCAAGUUCAAACUGCACUCGAGUAAACUGCGCCGAGAGCAGGCCGACUUUAUCGGUCGUGUGCGCGCCUCGGACGAGGUGUUCCGCCACCGGGUGGUCGAGUACGACCUGGUCAGGGGCAUCCCCGACCACAUUCUGCAGCGGAUGGCGCACAACCCCUCGGAGCCGCGCGCCGGCCCGUGGACGGUCACUCUGGAGCCGGAGGUGUACACCGCCUUCCUGGAGCACUGUCCCAGCGGCGCGCACCGGCUCAACGUGUGGCUGGCGCACGAGAUGCGCUGCUCCAACUUCAACCGCGACCUCAGCAACAGCACCUGCUCGGAGGAGAUCCGCUGGGCCAAGGACGACAUAGCGCGCCUGCUCGGCUACAAGACGCACAUGCAUAAGACGAUGGAGGUCAAGAUGGCCGGCCGCGUCUCGGCCGUGGAAAACAUGAUAGCCAGUCUGCUGGCCGCCGCGCGGCCCGUCCAGGACAGAGAGCUGGAGGAGCUGAACGCGUUCGCCCGCUCCAACGGCGAGCAGCAGCCGCUCGAGAUCUGCGACGUACCCUACUGGCGGCGACGGCACAAACUGAGCACCUUCAGCGCCGAGGAGUCGGACGCGGCCGGACAGUUCAGUCUGGUCGGGGCGCUGCGCUUCCUGACGGAGCUGUCCAGCCAACUGUUCGGAGUCGAAUUCCGAGUGGAGCAGGGAGACGAGGCGGAGCGGUGGCACCCGGAUGUGAUCCGACUCUCGGUCUGGGAGGACGGCCGGCGUCUCUCCGAGCUGCUGGUGGACCCCUACGCCAGGGAGGGCAAGUCGUUCCCGCUGGGCGCCGGCUGGACGUUCACCGGACGGCACCGCAGCGCCAUCUGCGACACCACGCCCAUCUCCUACCUCAACUUCAACUUCCCGCCGCCAGGUGGCAGUGGCCUCAGCUUCCGAGACGUCCAGACGCUCUUUGAGAAGUUCGGCCGCAGUAUGAUGACGCUGCUCUGCACGGUCCGGUACGCGGACGUCAGUGCCCCAAACAACAUGGAAUGGGACGCAGUGGACAUCGUGCCCAACGUCUUCAGAAACUGGCUGCGGGAGCCGGAGACGGUGCGGCGUCUGUCGGCCGCCGCCGGUGCCGGCCCACUCAGCGAGGCCACCUGCCGUCAGCUGAUCGCCGCCGGCGACCACCUGCAGGGACACGACCUGUGCCGGCAGCUGUACAUGGCGCAGCUCGACCUGAAGCUGCACCUCGGGAAGGACGGCUUCUGGCUGAACCUGCAGCAGGAGCUCUACAGCCAGUUCCUGCCGUUCCAGCUGAACAGCAAGGACGCGCACACCAUGAGUUUCGUACAGUCGCUGGCGCAGGACCUCGGCGGCGGCGUGUACAGCGCACUCUGGGCCCGGAUGAUUGCCGCCGACGUGUCGGCCGCCUUCAGCGAGUGCGCCGGCGACACGGAGCAGCUGCGCGCCGUCGGAAAAAGGUUCCGGGACACGUACCUGUCGGCCGGCGGCGCCGUCCACCCGUCCGAGGUGUUUCGCCGGUUCCGCGGCCGAGACCCCACCUGUGACGCCUUCAUCCGGCUGCACGGCCUGCACCGACUGGGCCGGCAGCAGCAGCACGGCUGAGCGGCCCGGCCCGGCCCGGCCCGGCCCCGUGCCGCUGUACCAGACCGCAGGACUGCAGCACCGCGGCCCAGUGUUGUUGUAUUGUGUUGUUAUCGGAGGCGGCUGUCAGUCUGUGCCGCCGCCGCCGGCCGGCCGGCCGCUGUGGACCGGUCCGCCCGCGCAGUACACACUGUACACAGUACGCAGUGUCCCGGCGCGGCGCGGCGCCGCUGGGAGCGUCCCCGUCCCCGGGCGUCUGCCGGCGCCGGCGCGGCCGGUGUCCGGUGGCUGAGCAGUGAGCAGGGGGGCCCGGUGAGCCGCUGCCGGCGCCGGCGCGGCCGGUGUCCGGUGGCUGAGCAGUGAGCAGGGGGCCGGGUGAGCGGCUGGCGGUGUCACGCCGCCGGCUCCGACUGCAGCGCCGCCGCCCCCGCCCCCGCCGCUGUCGGCCCGGCUGUUGGCCAGCCGCCGUAGUGUUGUGAUGACUAGGAGCUGUGCAAACGGGAGCCGAGCUGCUGAAUGGCCGAGUGCGAUCGUCCCAAUACAUGAUAGGUCCGGUAUG